AUGGAGGAAUCGACCAUGAAGUACAUACGGUAUUGUGUUGUGUCGGAAAUACUUUUCUUCAACGUCAUUGGGGUCUUCGGCAAUGUUCAACUGCUAUGGGCAACUUUCCGAAAAAAAUCUACUCACUCCAAACCAGGUCUUGCACCACACGUCUUUCGUUUCUGGUCGACGAUAAAUGUGAUUAUCAACACCGUAGUUAUUGGAGCAUAUGCAGUUAUUAUCGUACUUGUUCGCAUUAAAGGAGAAUCGGCGACUUUCCGCGAGAGCCAAAAAGCAAUUCGGAGUCUCAAGGUCAUCGUUAUCAUUUUUGUUUUCUCGUGGUACAUGGCGAUCCUAGGAGUAAAUUUCGGCUAUGUCCUUGGGUUAUCACCCGGUCUGCUGGCCAUAUUAUCAAAGCAAUAUGGUAUUCUUCGCCUUGCUGUGCUACUCACAAACCUUCUACGUGUGUAUCUGGCGUUCCUCCGAAUACAGGACGGCCUUCAAGGAACAGCUGUACUUAAUGAUCUGCCGAAAACGCAACCAGCAAGUUGCCCAAAUAAGCAAGACCACUGCGUCGAAAAAUCGUCCAUACACCGCUAA